AGAGCGUCAACAGUUUUAUUCCCAAGGGUUGAAGAAUCAACCAUCGUAUCGUCGUUCAUGGUUUACAGUGUGAGCUUGAAAUUGAGAUUGAGAUCAAGUGUCAGGAAUAACACUGGAAGCAUCCCGUCGGCAUGGAUGAGCUGCAAAUAUCUCCUGCUGAUCAUGGGGGUACUCCAGGUAAGGAUCAACAGGCGGCAGGGGUAGGGAUUCUUCUUCAGAUUAUGAUGCUUGUCCUUUCAUUCAUUCUUGGCCAUGUUUUACGGCGUCAUAGAUUCUAUUAUCUUCCUGAAGCAAGCGCCUCCCUUUUGAUUGGGUUAAUUGUUGGUGGACUUGCGAAUAUUUCGAAUACAGAAACUAGUAUCAGGGCCUGGUUCAAUUUUCAUGAGGAGUUCUUCUUCCUUUUUCUGUUGCCCCCCAUCAUAUUCCAAUCAGGAUUCAGUUUAGCACCUAAACCAUUCUUUUCAAACUUUGGAGCCAUUGUGACAUUUGCAAUUUUGGGAACAUUUAUUGCCGCAAUGGUUACAGGUCUCUUGGUGUAUCUUGGUGGUGCAAUGUAUCUCAUGUAUAGACUGCCGUUGGUUGAGUGUUUGAUGUUUGGUGCUCUUAUUUCAGCAACAGACCCUGUCACGGUUCUCUCCAUCUUUCAGGAACUUGGCACAGACACUAAUCUCUAUGCUUUGGUUUUUGGUGAAUCAGUUUUGAAUGAUGCAAUGGCAAUUUCUCUGUACAGGACAAUGUCAUUGGUGAAGAGUCAUUCGUCAUCAGGAGAAAAUUUCUUCUUGAUAGUCGUCAGGUUUCUUGAGACUUUUGUGGGUUCCAUGUCAGCAGGUGUUGGAGUUGGAUUCACAUCUGCUUUGCUAUUUAAGUAUGCAGGUUUGGACAUCGAUAAUCUACAGAACUUGGAAUGCUGUCUGUUUGUCCUUUUCCCAUACUUCUCGUACAUGUUAGCAGAAGGGCUUGGCCUCUCUGGUAUUGUGUCAAUUUUGUUCACCGGAAUGGUCAUGAAGCAUUAUUCUUUCUCAAACUUGUCAGAAAAUUCUCAGAGAUUUGUAGCUGCGUUCUUUCAUUUGAUAUCAUCUUUAGCUGAGACAUUUGUAUUUAUAUACAUGGGUUUUGAUAUAGCUAUGGAACAACAUAGUUGGUCCCAUGUGGGAUUCAUCUUCUUUUCUAUUAUAUUUAUUGGAUUAGCAAGGGCUGCAAAUGUAUUCACUUGUGCGUAUUUGUUGAACUUGGUUCGACCUGCACAACGACAAAUACCCGUAAAACACCAAAAAGCACUUUGGUACAGUGGACUUAGAGGGGCAAUGGCUUUUGCUCUUGCUUUGCAAUCAGUUCAUGAACUCCCAGAGGGACAUGGUCAGACAAUAUUUACUGCAACCACUGCAAUAGUUGUAUUAACGGUCUUACUUAUUGGAGGGUCAACAGGUACUAUGCUUGAAGCUUUACAAGUUGUAGGAGAUAAUCACGAAGGCCACUUGACUGACAGCUUCGAAUCUAACAUUGGUUACGUGGCUCCUUUUGAUGGAGAGUCAACAUCUGGGAACAGACUAAAGAUGAGACUUAAAGAAUUUCAUAGAAGUGCGGCAUCUUUCAGGGCAUUAGAUAGGAACUACCUUACACCGUUCUUCACAACUCAAACUGGAGAUAGGGAUGACAAUGACGAUAGUCAUGCCGAAGAUUCAUUGUUGAGGUCUAGAAGAGAAGGUUUCCAUUAGAGCAUAUUUGAAGAUGGAAUAGGAUGAUGAAUGUUAGAAUUCUGCAUCUCAGCUGGUAAUGAAUCUUGCAGAAACAUGUGCGUCCUGAGAAAGUGUUAGGCGUAGACAGAUACGAUACGGUUAGUAUACAACUUCUGUACAUGAUUAAAGUAUAUCAUUGGAAGUGUUAUUUACUUGCAUGACUGAAAAUUGCAUAGUUUUAGCAUGGAUUCAAGAUUUCCCGCUGGGUUGGUUACAUGGUAAAGUUGAUGGAUUUUGGCUGACUAGCUAAAUUUCAUAGCAAAAAGCACGUGUAUAUAAUGUUUGUCGUGUAUCACUUUGUACCCUUUCAAGGGGACUUAAUCGUGCAAAAGCAUAAACUCUACAAAGGCUUGCUA